GGGCCAGAGUGAAAGCGGCGACCUCUGACUGCAGGCUUGCAGUGGCUGGCCCACAGGCGAUCCACAGAGUGGCCAGACUGGCUUUGGGAUUUAUUUUAGAGGCAGAGCUGACAGGACCGGCCCAGGCUCUGGCUGUGGGAAGCGAGACUGAAAGAGGAAGCAGGAUCCAAGCUGCAGGCUUGAGCGAGGUCUCUCUCUCUCCCUCUCUCAUUGCUCUUUUCCCUUUCUCCCUCCCCUUUCCCCGCGUUGCUUCCUUCUUGCCAGGACAGAACCUGGAAGGCUCCCAUCCCCUGCCUCACUCCUGCUUGGGUCUCAAUUCAGGAUUCACCAUCUCCAGAAACCUUUCCUGAGGUCCCCACACUGAGGCAAAGACACGCCCACGUGAUGCAGGACCCUGUCCCCUCCCGGCAUCCAUUUGUACAUGAUUGGUCAAGACUUCCAUCAUAGGGGCUCCGCCAUGUGGGGCAGCUUUGUGUCCCGGCCUUGUGGCCAACUAGCUACGUGAACUCCAACUGACACGAAGGAAGUCGCAGUUCCCACAUCUGUGAAGCGCAGAUAAGAAAACUAACUCAUAGAAAAAUUUGCAUGAGAGGACAUAUGCAAAAUGCUGAGCGCAGUACUAGUGCAGAGCAAACUAGAUGAACGUCAGCCAUUCUUGUAUCACCGUUGCUGCAUUACGUUGCCAACCUUCAUUUAAGCAGGGUUUCUGCACAGUAUCUGAAACCAAACUACAACAGGAAAUACCUGAAUAAUUCAGGCCUGGAAAAGAAAGUCAACUCCUCGGUAACACAGUCAAAAUGGAUAGAGUGACUUGGUAGCCAAUUCAGAUAAACGCGCACAUGAGGGUCACAGUUCCUGUGAUAGUAAGUCUCCAUUUCCUUCGCCUAAUCUGGGCUUUGAUUUUCGUGUCCAAAGAUACCACUUCCCCCGAGGAGGUGGACCCACAGCAUUAGUUUUCUGUGCGAUCUCACCUGGGCAGGUGCAUGUAAGACAGAGCGGAACAAGCAGAUCAGAGGGGUUCGAGGGGCUGAGGGCGUGACCCUCUGAAUCAGUCUUACUUCCUUUUCUCACAAGACGGCUUGGCAUGGUCCACCACAUCCGCGCGGCAAGAGCCGCUCGCAAUAACCCAGCUUUCGCCCCACACUGCUGUCGCUUCGGUGGACACAUUAGCAACAGAUGCUUUUGGAUCCCAGGGGCCGAGCUUUGCCAAGGUGGUUAGAGGUCAUCUGGAAAGCCUUUCGCCUGGAAUCGCUGAUUCAGGAGGCCGGCUGGGCCUUCCCGUGGCGCUUAGGAAACCCGCGCCCUCUCCAGGUGCACAGGAAGCGCUAGGGGAGGACGCAGGUGCACAGGAGAGGGGGGUGGAGAAGGCGCCCGGUGAUGAACGCAAAGAUCGAACCUGCAGACCCGGCGCAAAGUAGAAACUGAAAGUACUUGGCCGCGGAUCCUACGGAAGUUAUGGGAAAGGCAAAGCGCUGAGCCGGGCCGUGGUGUGUGCCGCCCCCCCCUGGGAUGGAUGAAGCAGCAGGCGCGGCGUGGGUGAGAGGAACCAGCGGCGAAGGCGGCCCGCCCGCACCGACUCCCGGCACCUCCGCGAAGACCAGGGUCCUGGGAGUGACCAUGGGCGGUGAGAGCCUGCUCCUGCUGCAGCUGCGGUCAUCAUGACCACGCCCGCGUCCCGCAGACCAUGUUCCAUGUUUCUUUUAGGUAUAUCUUUGGAAUUCCUCCCCUGAUCCUUGUUCUGUUGCCGGUAGCAUCACCUGAUUGUGAGGUUGAAGGUAAAAAUGGUGAAGAGUAUCGGAACGUUCUGCUGGUCAGCCUUGAUAAGUCGAUGAACACGACAGAAAAUAAUAGCAAUUGCCCGAAUAAUGAACCUAACUUUUUUAAAAAGCAUUCAUGUGAUGAUGAUAAGGAAGCUAUGUUUUUAAAAACUGCUGCUCGCAAGUUGAAGUAUUUUCUUAACACGAAUAUCAGUGCGGAGUUGAAGCACCACGUAUCAAUACUUUCACAGGGCACAUUACAGCUGUUGAACUGCACCAGAAAGGACAAAGGAAAAAAGCAACCUUCCCUGGGUGAAGCCCAACCCACCAAGAAUUUGGAAGAGAAAAAAUCUUUAAAGGAACAGAGAAAACAGGAAGACAUGUGUUUCCUACGGAUACUACUAGAAAAGAUAAAAACUUGUUGGAAUAAAAUUUUGAGUGGCACUAAAGAACAUUGAAAAAUAUGGAGUGACAAUAUAAAAACAUGUGAACUUUAGCUGUAUCCUUCAAGAAUCUAUCUGCUCACACAGUUUUUUGGGGGUGGGAUGCCUCCUAGAAGUUACUGAAUGUAUCCUGGUAAAAAUGGAUUAGAGCAAUUGAGAACAUACUGCGGUACUAGAAGAUGGACAUAAACAGUGGAAGCCCGGAUGCUGCCAUCAAAGAACUGCUUCAUAUGUAUUGCGGACAUGUACCAGCUGGCAUUCAUUUGUAGACAGUCCAUGUAACAUAUUAGUUGCAGCAAUACUUUAUAAACCUGUUAAAAUUUUUCAGAAGAAGACAUAUAAAAUCUGUGAAGUAUAUAAAGGUUACAAGGAUUAAAAAUUAACAUUGCUUUAUUAUCAAAAUAAUUUUAUGGCUCCCUAUACGUCAGUCUACUGCAAUGAGAGUGGAAAUUGUCAUCUUCUGUGCUGGAAAUGUUUCACAGUUAACAGUGAGAUACGGAUAGUGCCCAGGAGAACAAGAGACACAUAUUGUAAAGCAACGCCAUAAAGGAAUUCAAGAUUCUUAAGAGAGGUACUGAGAUAAAAUUAAACAUGAAUGUAUAUAACACAGUACCUCCAAUAAAUGGCAUAGCAAAUGUUUUAAAACAAAAAUAAAGAAUCAUUUCAUGGAAUAGCAAGUCACCUGUUCUAAGGAUGCUAAACCGUAGUACUGAGUUUCUUCUGUCAUUUAUGUGUAAUAAAACUUGUCUAAAUGAGUUUGCAAUUUGGGAAGUAUAUUUUUGAAAGAAUAAUAUAUGUUGGACUUUUAAUUAAUGGAAUAUGUAUAUUUAAUUUUGACACUAUAUCUGUAUAUAAAAAUAUUUUCAUACAGUAUUACAAACAAAUUGCUUACUUUGGAUAACCUUUCUCCUUUGAUAAUAAAUGACCUAUGUAUUAACA